UCCCAUUCGCAGCACCGGUAGACCCGGUUCACCCCACAGCAACCCCUCCGUUACUCGAGACGACACACCGUGAUUCUGCGCGUCCCCCGAUGCGGCCUCCACAAACCCGCCGCCGCCGCCGCUGUCCGCCCCACCACCACCACCGUCGACUUCGUUGAAUCGCAUCGCAAUAACUGCAGCCUGUGUCCCAACGUGUUGGCCCUCGGUUCCGGUGCCUUUCCUGACCCGGCCUCGUGCCGGAGAUGCCACGCUCGGCUUCAAAUCUGGGAGAAUCUCGUCAGCGCCUCCUGGUACUGCUAGUCGCGAGUUGCCCCGGGCGGCAGGAUGAAGGCGCGGGUGGAGUCCGUGGAGGACGUGAAGGAGGCGCUGGGGCAGGGUAGGGUGUUCCCGACGGGGAUGUUCAAGGUGUUCCUCGGGUUCCUGCUGCUCGUCGUGGGCCUGUCGGUGCUCGGCAUGUACAUGGCGCGGCACACGCUUGCGGCGGCCGCGCCUGCUCUGUUCCGGCCUUGUCUGGGGGACUCGUCGACCUCCGGCAGCGCGGAGGAGGAGCUGGAGGGGCUGGAGCGAUGGACGCGGCCCCCUCCGCGCGUGCGGCACGCGAUGACGGACGAGGAGCUGCGGUGGCGCGCUUCCUUCGCGCCGCGGGUGCGCCCGUACCCGUUUCCGCGCGUGCCCAAGGUGGCGUUCAUGUUCCUCACGCGCGGCCCGCUGCCGCUGGCGCCACUAUGGGAACGAUUCUUCCGGGGUAACGAAGGACGCUACUCCAUCUACGUCCACGCCCUGCCCUCCUACCGCGCCAACUUCACCUCCGACUCCGUCUUCUACCAGCGGCAAAUCGUCAGUAAGGUUGCAGACUGGGGUCAGAUGACCUUGUGUGAUGCUGAGAGACGCCUGUUAGCAAAUGCUUUGCUGGAUAUAUCCAAUGAGUGGUUUGUGCUUGUGUCUGAGUCAUGUAUUCCCAUAUCUGGUUUCAACACCACCUAUGAAUACUUCCAGAAUUCGAGACAAAGCUUUGUCAUGGCAAUCGAUGAUCCUGGGCCAUAUGGACGGGGUCGAUAUGAUUAUAACAUGAUGCCCGAGGUUGAGUUCGUACAAUGGCGCAAAGGCUCUCAAUGGUUUGAAGUAGACAGAGAACUUGCCAUUCAGAUCAUCAGAGACACACGCUAUUACCCAAAAUUCAAUGAGUUCUGCAGGCCCCAUCAUUGUUAUGUUGAUGAACACUAUUUUCAUACAAUGCUUUCGAUUGAAGCUCCGCAAAGCCUUGCUAACAGAAGUGUCACUUGGGUAGAUUGGUCAAGAGGUGGUGCACAUCCAGCCACAUUUGGUAGGGGAGAUAUCACGGAGGAAUUCUUGAGAAGAGUUCAAACAAAACGUACUUGUUUAUACAAUAAUCGGAACACAACGACAUGCUUCCUGUUUGCUCGGAAGUUUGCUCCAAGUGCGUUGGAGCCACUGUUAGUGUUGGCCCCCACAGUGCUCGGUUAUGGUUGAUGUUUAACAGGCACCAGCUGUAGUUUUGAUAGUAGAUCGCCGUAAGAUAAAAUCAGUGGAGAAAUAGGCUUAUUUUGAAUGAUGAAAACAUGUAUUCUGCACAUUUCUGCUUGGACCACUAUUGUUGUGUACUGCAACAUGGCUAUGGACCAUAACAGAAUUUUUCUCUUGGUUUAUUCCGUUGUAUACAUUUUUUUGUUAAUCAAAUGUAUCACUAGAAAUUUGUUCGAGAAACA